UAAAAUUGGUACACCAACGAAGAGAAGAAGACAGUGUACGGAAAAUAAAAUCAAUCAACACGAUUGCUCCGCCGUGGAAACCCGUUGCAGCCAAUCAAUACUCUGCACUGAUCGGCCCCGCCCAAUCUCCGCCGUUGAUCCCGGAACCCGAUGAUCUGCGAGUUCCACCGGAGGAGCUUUAACAUAAUAUGAAUUCAGUGAAUUUUUAUUUGAUAUUUUUGGGGAUUUUCUUCCAUUCGGGGGUUUUGAAAUUCCUACUGUGAAAAAUCGGUUAUCGGAGAAUCGGGUUCUGGGUUUUGCGAGAGCUUUGGUGGGUCGGAGAGGGUAUUUUGGGGAUUGGACUGAUGCUGGACUUUAGGGAAGGUCGGUGCGUGAAGGGGUGAAAAGGUUGGGGUUUUGGGGUUAGAGGUAGGGUUAGGGUUAGGGUUUUGUAAGGUUUGUGGUGAUGGAGAUGAAUAAUACUGAGCUUGAAGAAGGCGAGGCUCCUUGCUAUUACAAGGAUGAUGACGAGGAAAACCUUGACCCGGACAACGAUCUCUCUUACAUUGAUGAGAGAAUUCAGAAUGCUUUGGGCCAUUUCAUGAAGGAUUUUGAGGCUGGGAAUUCUGUUGAGACUUUGGGGGCAAAAUAUGGUGGGUAUGGAACUUUUUUACCAUCUUAUGAAAGGUCUCCAUCCAUUUUGUCUCAUCCAAAGACCCCGCAGAUAAACUACAACACAUCAAGAUCUCCUAAAUGUUUAACAGAGGGUGACCCUCAGAAUCUGAAAGCUUCUUCAAAUGCACCCCCAAAUGUGAGGCUUGGAAUUGCUAACACUGCUCAAUUGUCACAUAAUUCAAGGGUCCUCCCUGGAGACAUUUCAGUUAAACGGAAUUUGUGCUUGCCUCCAACUCAAGUAGCUGAGAGGUGUUCUGUGAAAGAUGAAACCUCAAACAGACAGGGGAAUCCAACUGAUCAAAGGACACUGAAGGUUCGAAUCAAAAUGAACCCUGAUAACACGGCUCAGAAGAAUGUAGCAAUAUAUAGUGAUCUUGGACUUGGCUCUCCAUCUUUAUCUUUGGAGAACAGCCCUGAGGAAAGUAGGGCAAUGAAACCUCCAUCUCAAGUGAUUGUGGAUAACUCUCCCACUAACAUUAUUCAGGUUAUGACUUCCUUUCCUGUUCCUGGAGAUGCAUUGAUAUCACCACUUCAUGACAGUUUGCUUUUCUUAGUAAGAAAGAGAAAGCUUUAUCAACAAAAACAAGUAUCUUCAUCAAAGGGCCAUCAAGAGCAUUCAUCUUUGUCUGUGAUGGACUCUGUUUCCACAGAGGGCAACAGCAAAGUGUCGAAGGAGACAAGAAUUAAAGCAUCCAGGAAGGGUGAAAGUCCGGUAGCGUUGAAGCUUGAGAAUGGUAUCAAGAAUAACAUGAAAAUUAUUAUGAAAAAGAAAUCAGAAACUGGGAGCCGAGAAGACAAGGAGCUUGUGCUCAAUGACUUGAAAGCCACGCCUUUGUCCAAUGCAGUAUUUGUUGGUAAUUGUUUGAAAGUGAUUAGUAGGACACCUGAAGCUUCUAGGGAGGCGAAUGAGAAUGAGGUGAAAGGAAAAUUAUCUUCCUCUGAAUUAGUGAAGGAAGAGCCAUUGGAGUUGAUAUCUAAUCAGGGUGGUGUCAAGAAUGAGAAGCAGAGUUCUAGGUAUGGUUCAGUGGAAAGGGUCUGGGAACAGAAGGAUAUUCCAGUUGAUCUCAGGGAUGAUGUCAAGUGCAAGGAUUACAAGAUUUCAGCCUCAAAAGAUGAUUCUGAUGUAUCCAAAUGCAAGGAAGAGCAAGACUUGCACAAACACAAUGCUGGUAAGGAAGGUACAUCACGUGAACAAGCAAAAACUAAUGUGUGUGGCAAGAGGCCAAAGCUAUCUUCUGAGGGCAAGGCUAAGUCAAAGGAAAAUCAAAGCAAGGAAAAGUCACCUAGUAUUUCAACAAAGGAACACCUGGAGUUUGAAAUGGGUGUGGCUCCAAAAGAUAAAUUGAGCGGAGGUCAUGGUGUUCCUCAAUCUGAUAUAAAAGUUCAGAAGUCGAAGUCGCAAAAUGGUAAGGUCAGAGAUAAUCAAAGAGUCUCAGUGGGGGACAAAAGAUUGGAACAAAGGGAUAAAAUGGACAUAGCAGAAAGACCUGCUGCUGAUAUUGAUGUAAAACUGAGGGCAUGUUUGGAUAAACCAAAGGAAAAAUGGAGCGGCAAAAAGUCCGAUAAUCAGUUACUGUCAAAAGAUGUUCCCGUUCUGUGCCAACAAACAAAGGAAAAUGGACUUGCUUCGGAGCUUGUACCAGCGGCUGCAGCUCCUGUAAUUAUAGAAGAACAUUGGGUGUGCUGUGAUAGUUGUCAGAAGUGGCGGCUUCUACCCUUAGGCACUAAGCCGGAGCAACUUCCUGAGAAGUGGUUGUGUAGCAUGCUUAAUUGGCUGCCUGGGAUGAAUCUAUGUGACAUCAGUGAGGAGGAAACAACCAAAGCACUCCAAACAUUAUACCAGAUGCCAUCUUCAGAAGGAAUAAAUAAGCUGCUGACUCAUGCUAAUGGAACAGCAUCUGCAGUACCUGCGGUUGAUGUCCUACAUCUUGAUCAGAACCUCAGUUCUCAUGCCAUGUCUAAUCAAGGGAAGAAGAAACAUGGUUUAAAGGAAAUACCAAAUGCAAGUAAUGGAAGUAGUCUCUUGAACUCUACAAAGAACCACCUGCAAGUAGCUGUGAAAAGUAUAAGCUCCAAUGACAUAAACCAGCCUCCUUUAGAAUCAAAUGUGAUAAAGAAAUCUAGUUCUCGACAUACGAGCAAGCUGCAAAACUUGAAAAUUGAAAAAACCAUACCUAAGCAGAAGGAGAAGCAAACAAGUGAAGAUAAUGCCAGGGCAGUAAGAUUGAAAAACAAGGAGGAGGAUGAUCAGCAUACAUUUGGAACUUCUAAGAAAUUGAAGAGAGGAGAUAUGUGGCAUGCUGAUAAGAACACAAAUUCUAAUGUUGACAUUGGGAUGGUUGUUUCGGUUCAAGUACUGGUUUGCACCCAGGCACGUGGUCAGGAUGUUAAAUACAAUGACCUCUGUCAUUCUGAAGGCACUAAGGAUGCAGCCAAGGACAAAUUACAAGUUUCUGCAAAGAAAUUGAAAGACCAAAUUCAGGUCUCAUUGCAUGGGGGGGCUUUGGACUUGAGAACAGGCAGUAGAGAUGGUUCCACAAAGAAAAGAAAGAUGAGAGAAUGGCAGGAUACUCAGAAUAAUGUGGAGACAUUUCAAAAUUUUGGGCAUGAAGGGAAGUUAUAUACCAAGGAGGAAAGUAGUGAAAGCGGAUAUCGGAAGGAGAAGAGGUCCAGGAUUUUGAAGUCUAAUGGUAAAGAGUCCAGUACUGGUAAUGGAGAUGAUAGACCAAAUAGAAAAAUCAGAGCGGCCAAUAUUGUUAUGUCAGGAACAAAAGUUAAUUCAAUUCAUGUUGCGGAAAAGGAUAGGAGUAUUGUAAAAGACCAGCAACCCAAGAAACAUAGUAAAAAGAAUGCAUCUCAACAAACAUUCAUUGGUGUAAAUUCAUUGGGAAGGGAUUCGGGAUCCGGGCAUGUUUCUUUGGCUGCCACUUCAAGCUCUUCAAAGGUUUCAGGUUCUCAUAAAACUAGAGUUAACUUUGAAGAAGUAAAAGGCUCACCUGUGGAAUCAGUUUCUUCAUCUCCUUUGAGGACCUCCAAUGAAGACAGGCUUACUUCAGCAAGGGGAGAUGCUUUAGGGAAAGAUGAUUCUGCUUAUGGUGGUUUCCCUUUAACAAAUAAUGGAGAUGCCAGUAUAUUUUCAUCGGUAGGCUACCAGGAUGGAGAUGCCAAUGGUGAACUCAAUGUCACCGCCAAACCUUCUUCUGAAGUUUGGAAUAGCCAUUUGCUUAGUGGUAAUAAUGAUGGUUUGGAAAACGGUCGGUGCCUCAAAAAUCAGCAUGGCAUGAAUCAUUCUCAUGAUGAUGAUAGAGAGAACAAGGAUCACACUGGAGAUCCUGUUUGUGUGCAAAAAUCUGGCAAGGGUUCCUGUUUGCAGUCUAAGGACAUUGUUAGAAGUGGCACUUCUAAUUUGGAUAGGAACAGGAUGAAGGCUUCUGAUCCAGUGAAUGAUUGCUCGAAGAAGGGUCAAAGAUAUGAAUCUGAGAUUGAACCCAAUUAUGUUCAUGGAAAAGGGAAUAAUGUUAGACACGAUCUUCCUGAAAAGUGUAGCACUAAGUGGGUCAAGCUCAAGGAUGAAAACUAUCAUAUUAGUAGGGGGGAUAAUGCAGGACAUGGGUCAAGUGACAGUGGAGUGGAAACUCAACCAAAACGAAAGGACUAUGAUGCAUCAGAUGUGAAGUUUAGUUCUACGCAGAGCCCUAAUAGGAAUAGUGCACUGCAACAAAACCUGAUUCAGAAACAUGAGGAUGGUCAGAUGCAAUAUGAGUCAAGAAGUGGGAAAUCACAAUUGUUUUUACAUUGCCGAGGUGAAAGGAAAGAAGAAACACCAUCUCUUUGCUCCCCACCUAUUGCAGGGUCUGAGAGAGAAGUAGUGUUUCAAGGGCUUCCUGUCGAUACCACUGUCAAUGGUGAUAUGACAACGUCACUAAAGCAGGCUGGGACUGCUGCUAACAAGAAUGGAGUUAAUUGCAAGCCUGAUCAACAAAGAGAUGGUGCGCCAAGUCCUGUGAGAAACUCCUCUGCCCAGACUGCUACUAAUACCUUGAAAGAGGCCAAGAGGCUUAGAGACUAUGCUGAUUAUCUUAAGAACUCUGGGUUUGAUUUUGAAAGUAGUGAGGCUUACUUCCAAGCUGCCCUGAACUUUCUCCAAGGAGCCGUGCUUUUAGAAAGUUGCAGUAGUGAGAAUGGCAAACAUGGAGAUAUGACUACGUUGCAAGUGUACAGUACUACAGCUAAACUUUGCGAAUUAUGUGCCCAUGAAUAUGAAAGCCGCAAAGAAGUAGCUUCUGCUGCCUUGGCCUAUAAAUGCAUGGAGGUGGCAUACAUGAGGGUGGUUUACUGUAAACAUUCUAGUACAAACAGGGAUCGGCAUGAGUUGCAAGCUACUCUCAAUAUGGCUCCUCAAGGUGAGUCUCCAUCAUCUUCUGCAUCAGAUUUAGAUAACUUGAACAACCAAGUUGCUGCUGCUCGUAACCGCUCUAGUUUUGUCAGGCUGCUUGACUUUACACUGGAUGUAAAUUUUGCAAUGGAAGCCUCAAGGAAAUCCCAGAAUGCUUUUGCAACUGCUUGCGCGACACUGGCUGAUGCACAUAAGAAUGAUUGUAUUUAUUAUAUUAGGAGGGUCAUUGAUUUCAGCUUCCAAGAUUUAGAGGAGCUCAUCCAUCUGGUUAAGCUUGCAAUGGAGGCCAUAAGUCGAUCCAAAUUUGGUGGUGCUAGAGAUUAAGUCAACCCUGUAUAUAUUGAACGUUUUCAUGGUUUCUCUCUUAAGCAGGCAGGCAUCAGGAAAAAAAAAAGGAGAAAGGAUGCCUACCUGGACCUUCACUUGAUAAUCUGCAAAGAAGGCAGGUUACUGACAGUUCAUAUCUCUUCUGUACAUGUGUACAAAGUGAGAUUGAUUACCAAAUUUUAUAAUAUAUUUUUUCGCAAGUUAAGUCUAUUUUUGACGCCGAUAAGGGCACAUCAUGCUCAGCCAUAAGUUUUAAUGGGUUGGGAAAAUAAUUUAGUUGUUCGGGAGCAUAGCUCAGAGAUAAUGUAAUAGUAUAUAUAUAUAUAUAUAUAUUUUUUUUUUUGGCUCCUGUGAUUUGGUGCUUGAGGUUUAAGAAAAAAAUAUCUAUAGGGAUUGGAAGAUAUUCUUAGGCAACCAUUUUGAGAAGGUUGAAUACUAGUGGUGAUCGGUCAAUUGCUCUAUCAAGCAUUUUUCUGUUUUGUUACUGUUUUUCAGAAUUUUGAUGGAAUGGAAACCAAAUUCUUGGCCAAGGUUCCCUUUAUACUUGUAGCAAAAAAAGCUUAAGCUUUUGUAUACGUUGAUUGUGCAGGGGACUGAAAUACAAAUUGAAUCUUCAGGUGAAAUCAAAGAACUUUGGUUGAGCAACCCCUGAGAAGUUCAGACUUGUGACCUACUGGAGUACAUACUAGGACCACCGCUGCAUGUGAGUUUAAGUGUAAAAAAAAAAGGUUUACAAACAUUAUCCUACUCCAAGAAUUACCCCAUAUUAUUCAUGUGUUUUCUAAUAAUAAAUUUUGCCUUGUAUGUGGUGGGAUGUAUCAGUUUACGUCUGCAUCAAUUACUCGUGAUGCUUUGAUGUGGCAUAUGAAAAUUUUCUCGCAAUUCAUGCUAUGUACUUGUGAUACGCUGAUAUUUAAGAGUAAACUUCUAUAUUUAGAUUUUAAAAAAGUUACGAGGGUUCUUUCUUCUCGGUUGGAGUUGGUUGCUGAAGAGUAAUUAGAAUCUUUUUGUUUUUGGUUUUUGUUAAGCAUGCACUUGCUGUUAUAUUCUCAGUAAUAAAUAUUUAAUGAUGUGGUUCAUGAACCAAUGACUGUAGUUUCAGUUCAAAUGGUCCUGGUGUUGGUCAGACCUUUGCUUAUUGCAUCAACUGAGUGCACGUGCUCAUUGUUUCCCCAGCACUAAGCUUGAUUGGUUUUCAACUUUUCAUGGUACUUUCACUUGUAUGCCAUGUGUUGUCAUUCAUUGUUUUACAAGCUUGUAUUUAUAAAUGUCGCCAUUGAUUGUUGAGUUAUCAACAUUCGAUCUAUACCGAGCGAAUGAGGGUCUACCUAUUAUGUUUCGCAAAAUUGUGGAUCUUAUCCUUGUUGGUAACUGAUAUGGCUGCUUUACAUUGAACUUCAGUGCACAACAGUUUUAAAUGCCUGAGUUUCGGUUUUAUUUGUUUAAGGAUAAAGUUUUCUAGAUGCAGCGAUGCUUGAGGGUGUUUAUACCUGUGUACUCCACUUUCAGUAACCACUCUCCCGUGAUACCAUCGUGGUGGUGGUCUCCCUCUCUCAGUUGCCUUUUUCUGUCAGCUAAUAUACAAAUAGUUCUUUCUGUUAUUUUUAGACGUAGUAAGAUAACGGUUUUUCUUCUGUGAUGUGGGUGUAGUACAUCAGUCGUGCCAGAUGGGCGAGCUUUUUCUUGAUUUGAUUUUUGCCUUGAAACGAUAGAUAUCCCUUUUAAGAUUUUAAUUAUUAUUAUUAAGUUUUGUUCUUUUAGGAUGUCAAAGCUGGAUAUUUGCCUUAGGAUGCAGGUUUUCUCGAAGCAGGUUACUCUAUCGGGUUUCAAUUCACAAAGUGGGAUCUUGGUUUAUGCAGGAGAAGAAUGGGGGCUGACUUCGGUCGCUGGCAGCAACAGGUGCUGGUUGUUUACAUAAUGUAUUUACUAUUCUCUUCUCUUGUUUUUCUUUUUAUUCCAACAUUGAAUAAUCCUUUCACUGUUGUCUCCAUGAUUUUCGCACCAUGUAUCAUACAUGAACAAUAACGAUAACAGUAAUAAUAGUUAUCGGCAUUUUUUUAUCA